AUGCAAACUUUGGAUCGCAAAUUAGAUGAGGAAGAGGAAAACUCAAUUUUAGAAAUGGAAUCUGUUGGUUUAUAUGGUAACAAAGAAACAGAAAUAAAUGAAUUAACUAUGGAUAAGAAUAACUUAUCUGUAUUGAAAGGUCAUUUUGUUACUCCAUUUGAGCUGCGAGGAUUUCCAAAAGCUGCACCUAGAAAGAAUUUAAAUAGGAAACGGAAAACAAAGAAGAGCAUUAUUUUAACUAGCACACCAGAAAUGAAAAAUCUUUCUUAUAAAACAUUAGAAACAAAAACCCCAAACACAACUGCAGUUGAGAAGGUGAACAGAAAUAUAUCAGGGAAUUUGAACAGAAAUGAUAAAACAAAGAAAAGAAAAAUGAAAGAAAAGAUCUUAAAUGAAACAGAUUCAGAAUCAGAAGAUAAUAAUUUGUUGUAG